AUGGCUAACUACUACGAAGUGCUCGGGGUGCAGGCCAGCGCCUCCCCGGAGGACAUCAAGAAGGCCUACCGCAAGCUGGCCCUGCGCUGGCACCCCGACAAGAACCCCGACAACAAGGAGGAGGCCGAGAAGAAAUUUAAGCAGGUGUCCGAGGCCUACGAGGUCCUGUCCGACUCCAAGAAGCGCUCGCUGUACGACCGCGCGGGCUGUGAUGGCUGGCGGCUCGGCGGGACCGGCUCCCCGCACUGCGGCGGCUACACUUUCCGCAACCCGGAGGACAUCUUCCGCGAGUUCUUCGGAGGCCUGGACCCCUUCUCCUUCGACUUCUGGGACGCGCCCUUCAGCAGCGAGCGCGGGGCCCGGGGCCACGGGCUGCGCGGGGCAUUCUCAGCCGGCUUCGGCGAGUUUCCCGCCUUCAUGGAGGCCUUCUCUGCCUUUGACAGCCUGGGCCGCGGGGGCACCGGCCGGACCACCUUCUCGUCCACGUCCUUCGGCGGCUCCGGCUCGGGCGGCUCCGGCUUCAAAUCGGUGAUGUCGUCCACCGAGAUGGUCAACGGCCACAAGGUCACCACCAAACGCAUCGUGGAGAACGGGCAGGAGCGCGUGGAGGUGGAGGAGGACGGGCAGCUCAAGUCGGUGACCAUCAACGGCAAGGAGCAGCUCAAACGGGUGGACAGCAAGUAG